GCCACUUACAAUUUUAUAUAUUUCCUACACUCUAUAUCUUAUUACCUUUUAACAACCCGGCUUUAUCAAUAGUACUUGAAAGGCGCUGAAGAAAUACCCAAGACAUACUCAUAGUCUCUCUUCGCGCGUAAAAAACCACGUGAGAAUUAUAUACUUGGGUAUAUACGGUAUAUACACAUUCAACCACAUAUUCAUAUCUCGCGAGUGGGAUGGCCACGAUAUCAGAACGUUAUGAUGCGCUGCUUCGGUGGGUAGAGAGUGAUGGUGGAUAUCUUAAUCCCGCCAUUGAAAUAUACCAUGACGAGGUCACCAAAGGGUCUUUCCGCGUGAAAGACUCAUGCUCGACUGGAGUGGACGAUGUCAUAGUUACUCUUCCGCUUUCUAAGUCCCUCUCCUAUCUCGAUGCUAUUCGUGGGCACCCGGCUUUCGCUUCUCCAUCCAACUCAGACACCCUGAGUCGCGAGAGUAGAGAAUAUUUCCCAGAAGAAUUCUUGAAAGAAACGCCACCUCAUGUCGUCGGCCGUUUUUUCCUCAUGCAGCAAUACCUUCUAGGACCCGAGUCCAAGUGGUGGCCGUAUAUCCGGACCUUACCUCAACUCGAACAUAUGAGUAACAUCCUCCCCGUAAUGUGGCCCUCAGACGAUAUCGAAUUUCUCAAUGGGACCAAUGCUUCUGCGGCUAUUCAGGAUAUCAAGUCAACCCUCAAAAAAGAGCACAAGAACGCCUUGAAGUUACUCCCGCAGAAGUACCAUAUAGAGUAUACUCGGCCGUUGUAUCACUGGGCCUAUAGUAUUUUCACUAGCCGUAGUUUUCGACCGUCACUUAUUUUCCCCGCCGAAGCUUCGCUGGGGUUGCCAUGCGAGUUAGAUGACUUCUCGGUGCUGCUUCCGCUGUACGACAUCGGAAACCACUCGCCACUAGCGAAGAUUGCUUGGACCACCGAUGAACAGACUAAAAUGUGCAUGCUUAAGUCAAGGCAGACAUAUUCAGCCGGUGAACAAGUAUUCAACAACUACGGUAUGAAAACUAAUGCCGAGCUACUUUUGGGGUAUGGCUUUAUACUCCCAGAAAACGAUGAUCUCCACAACGACUAUGUCCAUAUCAAGACCAGGGCAGACCCAGAGGCUGGUGAUUUGGCGGCUUCGCAUGUUGUAUCGUUGAGGCCUAUGGCUCAUCGUAGUUCAUUCGUCGGGCGGUCGAAACUUUUGAGCGCAGAUUCCUUGAGCUGCCUCCCUUGCUUUUCACAUAUUCAAGAUACCCUCAUCGCUGCUUUGUACGAAAGCAUUACAAAAGGGGGAGAUGAAACGAACGACGCCAGCUUGAAUAAGAUCGUACGAGGCGAUAUUCAGAAUGAAGUGCUUAGAAAGAUUGUCGAUACCUUAGGAGCAAAAUUGAGUAUGGAUCUGGAGGAGAUAGAAGUGAACGAACCGGAGUACGAGGCUAUCAAUAGUAAUCAGCAACUUGCUAUGCUUUAUCGCGAGCAAUGUCAGAAGGUAUUGGAGAACGCUCUCCGUAGCCUCUUAACGGCGGACGGUUGAGCUAUCGUAUACAUGCACGUUGGCAUACAGGGUUUAUGGCCGAUACGGUUGCUUAAUCGAUCAAUUCAUUCUCAAACUCCGCACUAGGGGUAUCAAAAUGCAAUCUGCCGCCGACGCCUAAUCAUACCGGAGCACACUACUUUACUACUUUAUUUUCCAGACCCA